AUGCUGCUUCCGGUCAGCAGGCACAUUCUCCGACAGUCGCCUCGAUGUAUCCCUCUGACCGCAGAUGUACGACGACACGCGAGCUACUACACGCCUUCGCUCGCAGGCUUGACGACAGAGCAAGCCGAAUUGCGUGAAGCCGUGCGCUCAUUCGCAGAGUCAGAGGUUGCGCCCCUUGCAGCUAGCAUCGACAAGAACAAUGAAUUUCCGCUCGAGCUGUGGCAGAAGAUGGGCAAUAUGGGUUUGCUCGGCGUGACCGUCGAAGAAGAACGCGGCGGUCUCGGCAAAGGCUACCUCGAUCAUACCAUCAUCAUGGAAGAGCUAUCUCGUGCUUCUGGCUCGGUCGCGCUGUCAUACGGCGCCCAUUCGAAUCUCUGCGUCAACCAGAUCAAUCGGCACGGCACAGAAGCGCAAAAGGACAAGUACCUUCCCGAUCUCAUCUCUGGCAAGGCUGUCGGCUCGCUCGCCAUGUCAGAGACGGGUAGCGGCUCAGAUGUCGUCUCGAUGGCAUUACGCGCCGUCGAUGCUGGCGAUCACUACGUACUGACCGGAAACAAGUUCUGGAUCACCAAUUCGCCAGACGCGAGCACACUAGUCGUGUACGCCAAGACAGACCCAGAAAAAGGGUCGAGAGGCAUCACCACCUUUAUUAUCGAGCGUGGUAUGGCUGGGUUUUCGGUCAAUCAGAAGCUUGACAAGCUCGGCAUGCGGGGCAGCAACACUGCCGAAUUGACUUUCGAGGAUUGCAAAGUACCCAAGGAGAACGUCCUUGGCAAGGUGGGCUCUGGCGUCGAAGUGCUUAUGUCUGGCCUCGAUCUCGAACGUCUCGUCCUGUCGGGCGGCCCUCUCGGUCUCAUGCAAGCCGCUUUUGACUAUUCGCUGGAGUACAUGCACCAACGGAAGCAAUUCAAUCGCAAGAUCGGCACCUUUCAGCUCAUGCAAGCCAAGAUUGCAGAUAUGUAUACGAAGCUCAGUGCAAGCCGCACGUACGUCUAUGCCGUUGGCCGGGCUUGCGAUCAAGGCCACGUCAGUCGUAGAGAUUGCGCUGGAGCCAUCCUGUACUCCAGCGAUCGUGCGCUCGAAGUCGCGAUUGAGGCUAUGCAAUCGCUAGGUGGCAACGGAUACGUGAACGACUAUCCCACUGGUCGCUUCGUGCGCGAUGCUCAGCUGUAUCGAGUGGGUGCAGGCACGCAGGAAAUUCGUCGCAUGCUCAUCGGCCGCGAAUUCAAUAAUGACUUUGAGUAG